UCUGUCUCAGUCAGGCUGUAUCAAAAUCAUAGCACUGCAUCUCAAUAACCCUUGAUGAUAUCAUCCACCACAACAUGAAUUGUAACCAUGUGCUCAGAGCCAUGAUCUACUCAGGAUCCUUAACUGGUUAGAUUACAUCAUUUUGUUGUAUAAUUCUGCAUUAGCUAGAGAGAGAAAGAAAGAGAGAGAGGUCAUGAAAUGCUAUUCAUGUGAACAGGUAUUGUGAUGUGAUUUUUAAUAAACAGAUUUACAGUAGGCUAAUGAGCGCAUCAUCUUUUCUUCAAAAUAAUUGGGUGAAGCCUGGAUCAUCUGAUGUCCUUGAUAGCCUAAUACAGAUAGUAGGCUAUCAUUCCCUUAUCUCCUCAUAUGACGCCCUUUGGUCAUAUUUCCUCAAGAGGCUUUUUCUUCUGAGGAACUGGGUCUCCACGUAUUGUUGCAUUCGUGAGUAGAGGGACCAGUGUUGCCUCUCGCUUUCAUAUUGAGCAGAUUUGCUCCGCGCAUGGCGUCUCUCCCGAGAGGUCUCUUGCAAAGGUCUCUCUCACAACACCCUGCAAUCCUUCCCCCCACUCUGUUUUAUCACUCGAACAUCGAUAACCACAGGUAUCCGCAGGUAUUCGCAGAUGUGAAAAUGAAUGGUGGGAGGUUCUAAAACGACAUGGUCACCCAGCUUGAUUCUAGAUGGAGUCUUUGAAUGCGGUGGAGCUCCGUGAAUUGGGGGAUGGUAAAAGGCGAGAUGCCCACGAGGCCUCGUCGCCGCAGCAGCCCUCGCGGUCAGAACCUCGGACAGCGACUGGUGGCUUCGAGAACGCGUCCUAUCAGGAUGAGGACGAGGAGAUAAAGUUCCCCACCGGCUCAAGACAACACAUCCACGAGUCUAUACCUCACACCAGAGACCGGCCGAUUCCCCCAAAUCUCCAACGGGAUGAGCUCUCUCCCCGAUCUGACGAUGACCAAGAGUUGGAUUUUAGUGGGAGUACCGUGGACUAUGGAUUCAUUUCUGCUCUGGUGUUCCUGGUCAGUGGAAUUGUCCUGGUAGCGAUUGCCUACACCAUACCCAGAGAAGCUAAGGUCAACCCAGACAUGGUGACAGCUCGCCAGAUGGAAAAACUAGAAAUGUACUAUGCACAGCUUGGUUCCCAUCUGGACAAGUGUAUAAUAGCAGGUCUUGGGCUGCUUACACUUGGUGGGAUGCUUUUGUCAAUCAUGCUCAUGGUGUCAAUAUGUAAGGGUGAACUGUACCGCAGGAGGACUUUCGCCAUGUCCAGGAGACCCAGGAAAACCUAUGGAUCUAUAAAUCUUCGAAUGAGGCAGUUGGAGGGUGAGGGCAGGGAUACUCUUGUGGACUGUGAACCUAACACCACAUGCACUGGUCCAGUCAGUGAAGACAACACUAGCCAAGUGUCUACUGCGACAAAAGAACUGUAGCACAAUUGUCUGCACAAUUGUUUUCAAGGGUUAUUUCUUAUCUGGGGUUGUUCUAAGACAAGCAUGUGAAGGUAAGGCGCAUUUCAGACAUGUUGUUUGAAAUAGUAGGUCACAGGGAUAGCAGGUUAGAGAGAGUACAAUUUUCAAUCAUGAAUGUUAUCACAACUGGAUAAAAUAGCAUUAGGAUUUAGUUGUUGAUCAAUGCAAAAAGCACAAUGAGUAACCACAGAAAGAAAUAUUUACACAAAAACAAUAAUGACAUAACAUGCUGCAAACUAACAGCUAUCUGCUUCUCAAGACUUGAAAUAUAUGUCUGUAUAAUCUACUGUAUAUCAGAUUAUUAAUGAAAUCAUGUACAUAUUUUCAAUAUGUAAGGUUGCCUUAAAAAACACUGUCACUGUAAAUUGAAAUCACAAUGCCAUGUAGUAGGUGGUCAGUUUGUGAUUCAAGGAUUAUAGGACAGUUGCUGUAUAACUUGGAUGUGCAUAGCAACAGAAUGAAACAUGUUCAGUGGGUGAGUAUUAUUCAAUUCAUAAAAGUAUAAAAGUCAGUGUCUAACUAAUUAUCCAAUAAUGUUAAAUAUUUGUAGGUGGGCAGAAGUCUUUACAUACAUAGCGGAACUUGCUCCCAAGUCAGAUUGUUACUCACAGGAUGUUGGAUUGUUUUAAGACAGUACAGUAAUUAGUUAUCCAACCAUAGCAUUCUGUGUAAAAUAAUGUCAAAGAAUGUGUAUACUCACAAUUAAGAAUAUUAACAAAGGGGAAUGAGAAAAGAAAGGUUUCUUUAUAGAUCAGUCUGGAUUGUUUCAGAGAGUGUCAACACAAUCUAUGAUUUCCCAUUGGUCUCACAUUAGUUUAAUUUAUCAUAAUGCUGUUUACAUGCAUAUUUUUUUAUAUCAUCUAAAAAGGGCAUAUUUAACAUAUCCCUUAUUAAACUGUUAGCAUCUGAUGAAUGAACUACUUAACACAGCCACUGAGACAGAAACAACAGCUCAUUCAGAUAAUAUAUUUUUACACAAGCAUGUCUCACAAUUCUCAAUGUUGUCAUAUACACAACCCUUUUGACAUGCUAUCACCUUUAGGUUUAUUAUGUCCAUGGCCAUCAGAAGGGUUAUAUCAAUGCAUUAGCGUAACUAUUGAAUGUUGAUGUCAACAUCAAAACAAUAUUCACAGAAAUACUUUGAGCUGAUUUGUUUUUUAUUUGUUUUCCUUCUAUAAGCUGUUAACUACACCUAGGAAUUAUAAUGUAUAAUGUAUAAAGUAUAAUGUUGCUAUAUUAUAAUGUAUUGCAACAGCCUUAUUUCAGUGUAAUGUGUAGAUCACGCCAUGGUAGUGGACUAUGGGGGCCAUUUUAUAGGACAAUGCACUUGUCAUCAGGAUCAUCUCUUUAUUUUCAAUUUAUUGUAUGACACCCAAAGGCAGAAUCUGGCACCAUCAGAAUAUAGGCCCAAAACUGCUCAAGAGAUGUAGUUGCAUGGAACUGAGAGAUAGAUAAUUGAAUAUAGGCAGAAACUGUAGAUUUACGCAAGAGAAAUGUUAAGAACCACAUGAGAGAAUGUGUGAAGAGAACAGUCUGUGGAAUGAUGAAAGUUUUAGAACAGAGCACACAACCGAAUGAAAGCAGCCCAUCUUUAAACUCAUUUGCAACUGCACCUCAUUAGGGGUUUUUUUCCUGACUUAAAAGGAAACAGCAGAGGAUAUAAUGAAGAA